GUCUGUUGUUGCACAAAGAUAAGAAAAGCCCCACCUCAAUCGAUUUGUCGCAUCAAUAUUUUGACAGGAUAUUUCCAAGAAUACUGCUUUCUUGUCCUUUUUCUGAGAAGGGCUAUCAUCCAGGCAGCAGUCCUGGUAAGUAUAGUUAUUAAAUCCACUCUGCCCUUACGAGUUCAUAUGAGAUACGAUCAACUUGAUAACUAAACCAGUUUCAGUUUAUUAAAACACCAUUAGGUGCAAUAACCUGGUAAAACUCGGGCAACUUGAUGGGUCGCCUGAUGAUCCUGGUGACCUAGAAGAACUCGAACAAGACCCGGCUCUUCUUCAUAUGUGGUUUAUGUCAUUCAGCUUCUCUUUUUAUUUCUUUAUUUUUUCUAUAAUGAGCUGUUAUUUGUAAAUGCUCUAGUCAUCCAUGAAAACUGGCUCAAUAGAGACAAAUUGGUUGAGAAGUUUGUUGUCAUGCGCAAGGCCAAUCUUAAAAAAAAAACACAUAAAUGAAUGAUUUAUGCUAUUUGAUUUUCAGACCUUUAAUGCUAUUAGAAAAUAAAAAUAAUGCAAAAACAAACAAAUCACCAUUGAAGAGCCGGGAAAGGAGGGGCUCUCUAGUUUUGACCAAAAGGGCAAGGAAAUGACUAAGAGAGGGAUGAUAGAAGUUGUGGCUAGGUCUAUGUGGCAAUUGCUUUGCCAAGUGAAAAGAGAAGCUUUACUAGUUUUGGGAGAGAAAAUCCAAAGUAAGGAGGCGGCGACUAAUUUUUAUUUUUGGUAGAGGUAUGGAAAAUUUAGGGUUGUAUGUGCCCUUCUUUUAAAAUUUUUUUCUUUUUAAUUAAAAAAAUAACAUAUUAUUUUUUAAUGUGAAAUAAAAAAAUUUAAAAUAUUUUUUAAAACUUUAUUAUUUAUUCAUAUGAAUUUUUUCUUAAUUUUUUCAUAUAAAAUAUUAAAACUUUAAUAUAUAUUUUUUAAUUUUUUUAGGUUGACUCGGAUUGACCCAUAAAACUCAGGACCCGACCCUUAACUUUAAUUUAUUCACACGAUUUUGUUCAACAAAUCAUAUCCGAUAUUUCAAUCUCUAAAUGGAUUUACUAUAGAUCCAAGUAUACUUUCUUUUAAAACUUUCUUUAAAUAUUUAUUUUAAAUAUUAAAAUUAUAUAUGAAGUUCUAAGAUCAUUAUGUAUCUAAUAUGAUUGUUCAUGUUUAGAGUCAUAUAAUUACUAACACCAUCACCAUGAUCUCCAUGGCCAUCACUAACAUAAUUUUCUUAACGAGUUAAUUAGCGAUUCCUUAGAGAUGAAAUCUAGCUUCAAUCAUUUAUUUUAAGUAACAUAAGCUUUGUAUGCACCUAAUUUGAGGAAUUUAAUGAGUGCUCAGCGUGGCCAAUUUUCAAUUUAAAAAAAAAAAGAACGAAAGGGACAAAUUCCAUGAUCCUUAAUCCAUGCAUGAGAGGGAGACAGCAUGUUCGAGUUCGAAACUAUUGGAUGCUAUGUUAGAGACUGAAAUUAUCAUUUCCUUGCAAUUUGCAAAUCAAGAAAGACAGAGACAUGAAAUGGAAGUGCAGACAUAAUAUGGCAGUGUUGGCAAAUUUGAAGGCCACAGAAUUCGCGGGAACUGCGGUUAUAAGGGACAAAUUCUCUUUCAACUAUUUUUGUAAAACCCUUAGUUAACCAAGUUUUGAAUAGAUUACCUUAAAACUCUCCUGAUCAGAUCCCUUCUGUCGUUUACUUAACAAUAAUCUGUAAUUUCAUAACCAACGAUAUUGUUGCGACCUUAAGAAAAAGAAUAGCAGAAAACACAUUCUCCAUCUUUCGCAUCUCUUCUUCUCUCUGCCUUAGCUGAAUUCUAAGGCAGAGAGAUCUCUGCCUCAAAAAUAUUGUUGUCAAAAUGGUUUUCCAAGAUUUUGAUCUCCUAUCCGAGAGAAGAAGAUUAGAAAGGCGACAAAAACUUAGAAAGAAAGUUGCCAUUGCUGCAGUUUCUGGUAUUGCUUUCUUUGUUAUAGUUGGUGCUGGAGUUUUCGCCCUUGUCUCUAAUCACAAGAGCAGCCCAGGAAACAACGGAGGAUCAGCUGUGCCUCAGCCUGUAGAAUCCACAAAACCGAUAUCACGUGUCUCCAGGGUUAUCAAAACGGUAUGUAAUGCAACCACUUACCAGGAGACAUGCCAAAAAACCCUCGAGAAGGAAGUGGAAAAGGACCCUUCUUUGGUUCAACCCAAAAAUAUUCUCAAGAUAGCAAUCAAAGCAGCCGAUGAAGAGAUGAAAAAGGUUUUAAAGAAAGCCUCAUCCUUCAAAUUCGACGACCCACGGGAGAAAGCUGCAUUUGAAGAUUGUCUAGAACUCGUUGAGAAUGCUAAAGAAGAAUUGAAAGACUCUGUUGCCCAUGUUGGUGAUGAUCUGGGAAAGCUUGCUAAAAAUGCCCCGGACUUGAACAAUUGGCUCAGUGCGGUCAUGUCUUACCAACAAACUUGCAUUGAUGGAUUCCCUGAGGGAAAAUUGAAAUCUGACAUGGAAAAGACAUUUAAGGCAUCUAAGGAGCUCACCAGCAAUUCCCUUGCGAUGGUUUCAUCAUUGACUUCAUUCAUGAAAAGUUUUCCCUUUCCAGCAACACUUAACCGUCGGCUUCUGGCAAAGGAAGACAAUUCACCCGCAUUGAACAAGGAUGACCUUCCUGGAUGGAUGAGUAAUGAGGAUCGCAGAAUAUUGAAGGGUGCUAGUAAAGACAAGCCAAAACCAAAUGUUACUGUGGCAAAAGAUGGUAGUGGUGACUUCCAAAGUAUUUCCGAAGCAUUGGCGGCCAUGCCAGCAAAAUAUGAAGGACGGUAUGUUAUCUUUGUUAAACAGGGAAUUUACGAUGAGACCGUGACAGUGACAAAGAAGAUGGCGAACAUCACUAUCUACGGUGAUGGAUCACAAAAGACCAUUGUGACAGGGAACAAAAAUUUUGCUGACGGAGUUCAAACUUUCAGAACUGCCACUUUUGCGGUGUUAGGAGAUGGAUUUUUGUGCAAAGCUAUGGGAUUCAGAAACACAGCAGGUCCAGAGAAACAUCAGGCUGUGGCUAUCAGAGUCCAAGCUGAUCGUGCAAUAUUCCUGAACUGUCGUUUUGAGGGGUACCAAGAUACCUUGUAUGCACAAACACACCGCCAAUUCUACAGAAGCUGUGUCAUUACCGGCACUGUUGAUUUCAUCUUUGGAGAUGCAACAGCCAUCUUCCAGAACUGCCUUAUUACUGUCCGGAAACCAUUGGAAAACCAACAAAAUCUCAUUACGGCCCAGGGUAGGGUUGACGGACAUGAAACUACUGGAAUUGUUCUUCAAAAUUGUCGCAUCGAACCAGACAAGGACUUGGUUCCUGUAAAGACCAAGAUCAGGAGUUACCUUGGAAGGCCCUGGAAAGAAUUUUCAAGAACUAUUAUCAUGGAAUCAACGAUUGGUGAUUUUAUUCACCCUGAUGGAUGGCUACCAUGGCAAGGAGAGUUUGGACUCAAAACUCUGUAUUAUGCAGAGUACAACAAUAAAGGGGCUGGUGCAAAGACAACUGCAAGGAUCAAGUGGCCUGGCUAUCAUAUCAUUAAUAAUGAAGAGGCCAUGAAAUUUACUGCUGAGCCUUUCUAUCAAGGGGAUUGGAUUAGUGCUACCGGCUCUCCUAUUCACCUUGGCUUGUUUUAAUUGAGGAGUGGUCAAAACUGAAGAUUUGAUGUGGAGAAGAAUGUUGCUAUGUCAUUAUUUUGUUUUUGUCAUCUCAUUUCCUCAAUCUCUUAAAUUAUAUUACAGAAUUUGAUAUAACACAUAUUUAAGAGAGAUUACUUAGGUCAUUAUUUCUAUUCUAAUCAACUUGAGAGGAGAGCUCAACCUUUUGCGACAA